UGGACCUCAGAACCAUCUCCACAUCUCUCACUUCCCUCAACGUUUACAACGUUGAGAGUAUCUCACGGGCCGCUAACAAGCGCAUCAGUCAUUCAAACGAAAAGAUACUACUUUCCAUAAUCUACAGCACUUCUUUCUUUUCAUUCGUCUACCCAUACGUAUCUCUUUACUUCGCAUCCUCCGCGCGGCGUGCAGACAACGUUUGGGAUCGCCCAACCCCGCCACCUACCAUGGCCACCGCGGACGACCCAGCGACUGUCCUGGAGCAGUUUGUACAUGAUGUUGCAAACUUGCCGGCCGAGGUUGCUCACUUAUUUGAAGAGAUGGAAGCAAAAGAAGAGAUGAUACGAGAAUGUCUAUCCAUAAUCCAUAAUCGAGAUACGAGUAUUCAGAAGUUCAUCAAGGCAAAUGGGAUUAUGGCCAAAAAUCCCAAAGAAGAUGCCUACGUCAAGAUUGUCUACCAACAGUAUGACAAGGCAAAGGCCCUACAGGCGGAGAAGGUGGCAUUUUCCGAGAAGGCGGCAGCGCUCUUGGACCGCCACAUCAAACGUUUCGACGUCAAGGUUCGGGACCUCCAAAAUGAUGGCUCGAUACCGCACGAUCCACAGCUUCCUUCCCUCCUCCGUCCCUCCCCUGGCAACCUUGUCGCCCCCUCUACCUCCACAACCAACACCGGCGCAAACACUCCACUACAUCCUCUCUCGGUAAACGUCCCUGCCGGAAACAUUGCCAAUGCGGCUGUCGCUCGAAUGGUUGCACAAGUCCAUCUCGCUGGCGGUCCUGGAGGGACGGGAGCGGCAGCAUCCGUACGACAUGCUAGCCCUGCUGGUGCCGCCGGACCCCUUCACGGGUCACAUCCCCUUGCGCAUUCUAUGAGCGCAGGUGCCGCACAGCGUACCCGAGAAAUGAGUGUGGGCAGUGACACGAAGCGACGGCGUCUCAACUCAGCAGUCCCCACAGCUGGCUCCAGUUUACGUCAGAGCAGCUUGGGUCCCGGAACUCCAAAGGGCAGUGCACCAGCAAGUCGAGCUGGCAGCGUUCCUGCCUCUGGUUUGAAGAAGGGCACUCCCGCACAAACCAAGAAGCCUGGGACCAGUUCGCAGUUGGCCACCAUGCGCAAGCGGCUAGUGAAAGGUCAACAGAAGAAGGCGCAGAUGCGGCGCUUGGGACUCAAAGGCGCCUCGCCAAGCACUACAGGUGUCUCGGAAGACGAAAGCGGAACGGAGGCAUCCGAAGGCUCGGACGACACAGCACUUCAUGUGGGCCAGCAUGACGGAGCAGCGGAUGAGAUGGACGAAGGGGAGGAAGAGGACGGCGACGACACCAAGUACUGCUUUUGCCAGAGCGUCAGCUACGGAGACAUGGUGGCUUGCGACAAUGCGAACUGCAAAUAUCAAUGGUUCCACUGGGGAUGUAUCGGGAUUGAUAAGGAACCUGUGGGAGACUGGUUAUGCCCCGAAUGCUCCAAGCUUCCACCGAGCCGAAUCAAGAAGGCAUGAAGAUGGUCUCGCUGUCAUUCUUCGACUAGCUUCUAUGAAGCUAGAUAGCUAUCACCUUCCGCGGCCCGGCGAAUUUCACCCGCGAACAUACAUUGUGGACUGGAGAACUUUGCGGAAACGGAACGACGAGGAGCCCUAAAGGAUGCUGUGUUCCGAAUUCCGAUCUACCUCCUGGCGGUCUAGGCGAGGCUUAGCUGCGUCGACAAGCAUUUUGCUUGCGUGACGUUUUAUCCAGAUGGUUGCAAAAGAAAGGCUUCAACAACGCCUUGGGCGCAUAUCCAUGAUCCAGAGCAGAUGAGGAUCGGCCUUGAGCAUCGCAUGUCACGCAAAGCGUACGAAUUUCCUCCUAAUUGCCAUACCAAGAAUGGCCACUUUCAUGAAUAGUUUAGAUACCCAUCAGAAAUUGAUCACUAUGAAACCAA